AUGCUUGCAUAUAUUUUGUGCACCGCGUUGGCAGUCUUGCCUUUAAUGAUUUACUUCCGGAAUCCUUAUUUUUUGAAAGAUUUAAAUUACACAUGUCUUACCAUUUAUGUCGGUAUACUCUUGAGCAGAAUCAAGAAAAAGUUUUACAGUAUUUUAGAUUGUUUUCUGGACAAAGUGGCGGAGCAUCCGCAUAAGAAGUUCAUAGUUUACGAGGAAAGCUCCUACACCUACAGCCAAGCCGACAGAGAAAGCAACAAAGUGGCCAGGGCUCUGUUAACGCAUGCCCACCUCAAGGAAGGGGACACAGUAGCCCUCUUCUUGGGCAACGAGCCGUGGUUUGUAUGGAUCUGGCUCGCACUGUCCAAGCUGGGAUGCACAGCGUCCUUCCUCAACGUCAACAUAAGAUCCAAAUCCCUGCUGCACUGUUUCUCCUGCUGUGAAGCCAAAGUCCUGAUCGCUGGCGCUGACCUUCAAGGAGCAAUAGAGGAGGUGCUGCCCACUUUGAAGCAGCAGGGUAUCCGUGUGUUUAUCCUCCGUGAGCACUGUCAUGUGGACGGCAUCGAAAGCCUCUCUGACAAAAUUCAGAUGGAGUCAGACGAGCCCCUGUCCCGUCAGCUCAGGGCCAGCAUUAACAUCAAGAGUCCUGCCGUGUACAUCUACACAUCAGGAACCACAGGGCUUCCAAAAGCAGCUGUGAUUAACCACGAGAGGGUUUGGAUGCCAGCUUUUGCCCUGACAUUUGCUGGUGUGCGCUCAGACGAUAUUGUCUACAUAUAUCUGCCUCUGUACCACACUGCUGGCUUUCUUAUGGGACUUUGUGGAGCUAUAGAAAGAGGCACCACUGUUGUUUUGAGAAGCAAGUUCUCUGCCUCCAACUUUUGGAACGACUGUAGAAAGUACAAUGUGACUGUCAUCCAGUACAUAGGCGAGGUUAUGCGCUACCUCUGCAACACACCGAAGAGAGACAAUGACAAGGAUCAUAAGGUCCGACUGGCCAUAGGAAACGGAAUAAGGGAAGACACCUGGGUUGAGUUCCUGGAGCGAUUUGGGAACAUUUGUAUCCGUGAAUGCUACGGAGCAACUGAAGGGAAUGUUGGCUUUAUCAACUACGGUGGGAAAAUUGGAGCUGUUGGCAGAGAACAUUUUCUCUACAAAAUGGCAUGCAAAUAUGCCCUCAUAAGGUUUGACACAGAAAAAGAGGAGCCAGUCAGAGACUCUAGAGGAUUUUGUAUUGAAGUCCCAAGAGGAGAAACUGGUCUGCUUGUGGCAAAGAUUGGAAAAAGAACACCCUUCAGUGGCUAUGCCAAGGAUAAGCAGCAGACAGACAAGAAGAAGCUAAGAGAUGUGUUCGAGAAGGGCGACAUGUACUUUAACAGUGGCGACCUUGUAAAGAUUGACGACGAGGGAUUCAUCUUCUUUCAAGACCGCAUUGGAGACACUUUCAGGUGGAAAGGAGAAAAUGUGGCAACCACAGAGGUGGCUGACCACCUGCUCACAGUUGACUUUAUUGAAGAGGCUAAUGUUUAUGGUGUGAAGGUGCCAGGACAUGAGGGAAGAAUUGGAAUGGCAGCACUGAAACUAAAAGAAAAUAUGGACUUUGAUGGCAAAGCUUUUUAUCAGCAUGUCAAAAACUACUUGCCCAGCUACGCGAGACCACGCUUCGUUCGCAUACAGGAUGCAUUGGUAGUGACUAGCACCUUUAAGCAGAUGAAGGUGAAGCUGGCAGAGGAAGGUUUUAACCCUGCUCUCAUCAAGGAUCCUCUGUUUUACCUGGAAGACAAUAAGGGCUACAUACCCAUGACUCAGGAGAUAUUCAACUGCAUUGCAGAAGGAAGACUCAGGCUUUAAAUGAGUUCAGUGCUGAUAUUUAUUGUCAGUCUCAAAAAGAUUAGUGUUGAUUUAUGACAAACAACCUUUAUAUUGUGGAUAUACAAACAUACAAUGGCAUGCAUUUCAUUUUUUUAAUAUUUCAACUCAUUUUGGUCCAAAAUACUUUUUUUUUAAAAUGAUUUUUAUAUGAGUAAAUCCCAUAUCGCUGACACUGUUA